AUGGCAUCUUCACCUUUGCCCUCAACCCCUAGAGCGGUAUCUGCGCCCACUCCGACUGCCGAUCAAUCUCGUACACCUGGAAAGUGGCGCCAUCCGCAACUGGCUGAGAUAGUCCGGCGUCAGAAUGCCAGGACCUUCGGAGAUCAAAAUAUCAAGAGUAUCGUCUGGAAUAGCGUCGCUCUAAUUGCGGUGCGGGCUUACGGCGACACUGUCCAGUCAUAUUCUAGUUCACUACUGAACACACUUGAACUCUCAAAGAUUUUCAACUUGUUGCGUUUUGUUCUACAACUUCUAUUCUUGGCAAACAUAGCCUUGGCCCUGUCACCUCUUUUCCGAUCAAAGGACGACCUCUCCGAUAUUCCUCUCACCCCUACUCAGCGCUCUCUCCUUGGCCUCGAUCCAUCUACCACAUCGCCCCUGACGCCGGGAAGUACAUACGUAACCCCGCCGAAGUAUCGGCUUUCUGCGUCGCGAACAGCAAGCUCUGCUAGCAAGGCUGCGUCGUCGCCCUUGUCGACAAGCGCUAGCGCUUCAGGACGUCGACUUUCGUCGGGCGCUUCAUUCUCCCCCUCUACCAGUCCGCUAUUCCAUAAAGCAGUGUCGAACGGAGGAAAGGACAGCGGACGCCGGCCCAGCUUCGGGUCGUCUACCGCAUCGUUCGGGCGAAGUUCAUUGUUCGGAGAGUCUAGUAUUGCGCCGUCAACCCCAUCUCCUGUUGGUGGCAAGCCUCCCGCAAAGAACCCCAAAGAACAAGUCCGCCAACAUACCAUUAAGUCCCAUCCAACCACGCGGCCUCUUGACGACUGGGAGACCUUCCCCGCUCGUGAAUACCGUUCGUUGGUGGUUAUCAUGGGUGCCUCGGAGUCCAAGUUGGUCUUCAAGCAGGGCAUUUUCCGUCUGUCGGAAGAGAGAGAUAUUCCUGGCGAUGAUCCUUACUGGGCAAGGUUCUGGGAGCUCCCAGAGUCGACCGAGGAUGUCUUCAGCCUGUUCACCCCCGCCGAUAUACGGCGGACUCGCGACCAUGCCAUUAUGAAUUUCGAAACGCUCUUAUUAUCGGUGACGUCUCGUUUGAUGAUCCUGAAAAACCACCCCUCGUUCCCGGAUCCCGAACUCGCUCCCGACCGCGACGCCCUCAACUGCAUUCGCAUCCUCACCCGCGUCCUCCCCUUCAUUUACGAGGCCGAAUAUUUGGAAGAAUGGGAAGACAAGUUCUUCUGGGGUCGUCGCAGGAGAAAGACGAGAGAGGCUCAGGUGGCGGCCGAGGUGCUCUUUGAUGAAGCUCAGGCGGAGGAUACGCGCGAUCAACCCCGAGCCAGCGAGUACGAAGAUAAGAAACCUUUGGCAGAAGAGUUGAUCGACACUUUGUUGGAUCUUCUCUUUUUCACGGACUUCACCAUUCCGAAGCUACCGACGGCGACAAACAAAGUCUCAUAUUCCAUCUGGCAGAGUGGUGUUGGGUGCAAUACCUCCAUGGGCUCUAGCAAAGAACUGGAGAGCAAUCGCUGUGAGGUUCUUCGGCUAUUGUUGACGAUAACAGGGAAGGCUAUGUAUAUGCCUUCUGGAUUACUCCCCGUGCAAGGCGUGAAAGCUAUUACGUACAUCACGACGUCCUCCGACAAGCAGGCGGUUCUGACCUUGCUUUGCUCCCUGCUGAACACGGCUGUCAAAUACAAUCCUGCUUCCUGGCGAGUCCCAUAUGAUCACGUUGUGUGGAAAGAUCCAAAGCAAAUAUUGGUCAUAUACUGCCUGCAGUUUCUGCUUGUUCUCCUCUUAUAUCCAGUUCCUGAGGAUGGGCGUGGAAAUCCGCCUAAGAAUUAUCAUCGCCAUUACUUUGGAAGGCUUCACCGGCCGCAGGAUUUCCAAUUUCUCGUCGACGGCAUGACGAGAAUCCUGAACCAACCUAUGCAAGCGACAAAUUCCUAUCUCCCUGGGAGCCAGAAAACCGUCAAAUGGGCACCGGAGAUGUUGAUGCUCUUCUGGGAAGCCCUGCAAUGCAAUAAACGGUUCAGGUCAUUUAUCAUUGAUUCGAAGCGCUCGCAUGAUUUCAUCAUCCUCUGCAUAUUUUACGCCAUAGAAUACAAGUCUGACCCAUCCAAGCAAGGCAUGGUUCGAAUGUGCAUCUUCAUUCUUCAAACCAUGAGCGUUGAGCCCAACUUUGGGAAGAGCUUGAACGUAAAGUUCGAAGCUCAGGAAACCCUUCCUCCCAGCAUUCGCAUCCCGGGCUUCAAAGGAUCCUAUGCCGACUAUCUUAUUAUGUCCGUGCAUACUUUGAUCACCGGAAGCAAAGGCAAUCUAAAUGCUGUCUACCCGGCACUCCUCGCAAUCAUCAACAACAUCGCGGCCUACGUAGAAAACUUGUCGCCGGCGGCGUGCUCGAAACUAUUGCAGCUCUUCGCGUCGAUGUCUGCGCCUAGUUUCUUGCUCGCCAACGAGUCAAACCAUGCCCUUCUUUCUUCCAUCCUAGAAUCUAUCAACACGAUUUUGGAGCAUCAGUUUACCAAAAAUCCUUUCUUGGUUUAUGUAAUCCUGAAGCACCGACGACGCUUUGAGGCAGUUCGAGAAUUUACACUCGAGAGCGGACAGCAAGAAAUUGAACGCCAGAAUGAGAGACGAAAGGCGGAGAAUGGUUCCAACGAGACUGCGUCUAGCCCUGUCUUGUCGGCGUCAGAAGAGGACCCUCACGCUUCUUCCGGCGCGCGAUCGCCGUUGGGUCGUAUCCCCGAAGAAAAUAGCCCUUUCGCUAUAGGCGGAGAUGACGAUUCUGAUGACGAGCAGGAAGGACAGAAGACACCGGCACACACGUCUCCAUCUGUCCAGAGCUCGCGAAGACCCUCCAUUUCUUCCGUUGCGGAUGAAAGUGUCCCCUUACAGUUACGAGGCAUGUCGGAGAAGGCCAGAGGAAAAAUGCCCGCCGGCCAGCCAGCCUUUUCUCGGCAAAAUAGUAUGACCAGCCAAAGCAGCAUGUCGGCGGCACUCUUGACAUCUCCCAACGGCUUCGCGCCGACUGCAGCGUGGCUCGAGUCCUGGUUGCCAGAACUCCCACUACACACGAUCCUGACUCUCAUCUCGGCCAUCACGCCUCACAUCCCCGAAUCUGCCUUCCAAGCGGCUUCAAGCCCGGAGGCCCGCACCCUGAUCGACAACCUACCUUCGUUUGCGGAAGACCCGGCCAUUCAUAACAUUAUAUCUGAGCCUGCCCCGGUGCGUGUCCAUUCAUUUGAAUGGUCGGCCCUCUCUAUGGGCUGGUAUGAGUCCUUACUCUGGGGGUUCAUUUUCUCGAGCGAGAUGGUGGUCGGCUCCGCGUCGGGCGCAACCCCUGGCACUGUUGGAGUGUGGAACGGAACCGCGAUUAAACUGUUCAAGGUCCAGGAGGCUGCCGCCCAAGGGCCUACGUUACUUGCGCCGAAGGGGGCAGUGGAUGCCGUUGGAAGCAACCUGGUGCAGCGGAUUGGAAACCUCAGUCUUCGACGCACGAGCACGCAGGACUCCCAGGCCAACUCCCGGCCAGCGUCGAUUCGAGAAGUCUAA